AUGGCUGUUAAAGCAAUCACCGAUGAAGCUCACUUCCAAACCGAACUAGCCGCAGCAGGAGGAAAAUUGGUUGUUGUGGAUUUUAUCGCUGCUUGGUGUGGACCGUGCCGAAACAUAUCGCAUUUGUUCGAUCAGCUUCCGGCGAAAUAUUCAAAGGCUGUGUUUCUCAAGGUGGACGUCGACAGAUGUACCGAAACGGCGCCGUCCCACGGCAUGUCGACCAUGCUAAUGUUUAUUUUCUACCGAGCCAGAACAAAGAUUGACAGGAUGCAGGGUGCAGACAUUAAUGGACUUGAAGCCAAAAUUCAGAAACAUUACGUCGCCAGCUUGUAUGAAUCUGGAGAAGAUUACGGUCAUGGAAUGAUGGACUUGAACACCUUCAUCCAGAAGAACCAGUGCGAAUGUAUGGACGAAUCGAACGACCACCCGAUGGUGAAUGCGUUCAGUUCCAGCGGCGGUGGUCAAAAUCAGUGCCAUCAAGUUCAAAGCACCGCCCUCUCACGGACCGAAAAUAUCAAUCAACCAAGCACCAUCGAUUUCAAUAUGGCCGAAUCGCAAGUUUCGGUGCAGGAUCUGGUAUUGGGGCAGAAGGAUCUUGUGUCGGGAUCGCCGAUUCCGUUGCACUUCGUUUAG